CUGCUCGACUAGCAAAAGUUUGACGAUUCCAGACCAAAAUUCUUCACAAAAACAAAAUAUCUGAAAAUCCAAACGCGGUGGUGAGAGAUAUUAUCAGAUUCUACGGAGAUUGAUCGGUAUGUAUUAGAUUUCAUCAGUGAUCGGAGUCCGCGGCGGCCAUGGAUAAGGAAACGGAGAUUCUCUCUCGUCUCGCGGCGAACCACCUUCAUCUGGCUCAAUUCGAGCCGUUGAAGGCUACGCUACUCGCUCUCAGGGUUCGUAACCCUGACCUCGCACUCACGAUUCUCCAUACCAUCGUCUCUAACGCCGGUAGAUUCGAGAAUGUCCUCUGGUCACGCUCUUGCCCUUCCCCGUCUCUCCUCUCCUUCCUCUCCACGAUUGAGCUUCUGAGAUUCGAUAAUCCUACUUCGCCUUGGGGGUUUGAUUCCGAGACUCUUAGUUUGCGCGCGGAUUUCUUGUUGAUGGUCCAGGUCUUGAUCGAUAGGGUUUCAGAGAGGAUUAAGGAAGAUCAGAGAGUCGAGGAUGAAAAUGGUGGAUUGGGAGAUUGUUUAAGGGUUUUGCAAGGUGUUUUGGAGUUGGGUGUUGAGAGGUUGAAAUUUGAUGUUGAUACAACUAGUAGUACUAGUGAAGGAAGUAAUAAGAUUGAGGAAGAUGCAGUUGUGUCUUUGAGGAGUAUUGUAUUGGAUUACUCUGAUGUUUUCGAUGCUUUAUGUUGUAAUAUACAGAGGCAACUUAUGGGUUGCCAGGGUUAUGAUACUUGUUUGGUGGAGGAAGUUCAGGGAGAUGAACAGGGAAGGGAGAUAAAUGAGGCCACCACAUGCAUUGGUUCUCCGGAGCUGGAUAACAUCAAUGUGUUUGCUUUGAUACAGAGAAAUGUUCAGUUAGCACAGUUGGAUGCUAUGAAAACAAAGUUAGAUGAAGGGGAGGAGCGUGGGGCAGCUGAUCGCAUUCGUUAUCUUCACCUUGAUUAUGGAGUAGAGAAAGAGAAUUAUCAUGCUGUUCUAAAAGCUCUCCUUUCAAGAGUUAUGGAGAAAAAAGAUGAAUAUGGUGACCCUUGGCAGAUGGUGCGCCAGAACUUGCUGUUUAUUUAUAAAGAAGCUCUUUCAUCGAGUUGUGGAGAUCUUGUUCAGAUGAUCCAGGGUAUUCAAGAUGAUAUGCUCCUACCAGAUAGCCAGCUACAUUUAUCUCUCGACAAUGAACAAAUUCCACUCCCUCUUGAGUGUUUCCGGCGAUAUCUUGUGGACUUGAAAGCUGAGAGAAAUGUAGAGGAAAAAUGUUCCCCUAUGAGCAGGGCAAUUAAUUCUUGUCUCAGAGAUAUGUAUCAUUAUGCUCGUCUUUCUGGUUCACAUGUGUUAGAGUGUGUGAUGUGUGCUGCUUUGUCUUCUGUAAAGAAAGAAAAGCUUCAGGAAGCUGAUGAUGUUCUUACUUUGUUUCCCCGACUUCGCCCAUUAGUAGCUUCCAUGGGUUGGGAUCUAUUGCCAGGCAAAACUGCAGCCCGUAGAAAAUUGAUGCGGCUACUUUGGACUAGUAUCUCUCAAACAAUUCGGUUAGAAGAAUCUUCUCUUUAUGGAAACCAAACAGAUGAAAAAUCUUGUGUGGAACAUCUCUGUGAUACAUUAUGCUAUCAGUUGGACCUUGCAUCUUUCGCUGCUUGUGUCAAUUCUGGUAAAUCAUGGACGCCAAAGGCAUCUUUCUUGAUGCAUGGUAAUGCGUCAUCUGAGCAUGAUGAUGGUGAGGUGGAUCCUUUUGUUGAAAAUCUAGUGUUGGAGAGGCUUUCAGCGCAAAGUCCACUUCGGGUAUUGUUUGACGUUGUUCCUGGUAUAAAAUUCCAAGAAGCUAUUUCACUGAUUAGCAUGCAACCUAUUGAUUCAACUGCAGAAGCCUGGAAGAGGAUAGAAGAUAUUGAACUGAUGCAUAUGCGUUAUGCUUUGGAGGCUAUUGUUUUGGCACUAGGUGCAAUGGAAGAGGCCAUGAAAAAUGAGACGGAUGCUAGUCGUCGAAUCGUAUUUUGCCAUUUAAAAGACCUCACUAACCAUCUGGAGGCCAUUAAAAAUGUUCCGCGCAAGAUUAUGAUGGUGAACAUAGUUAUUUCACUCUUACAUAUUGAUGAUAUCCGUCUCAGUUCUACGCAAUGUGUCUCGUCGGAGAGUGUUUCUGAGAAAGGUAGUAUGCCUGAUUUGGAUCUUGGCGAUCUUGCUACAGAAGGGGAAAAGGAAAUUGUUAUAUGCUUCACAGAACAGCUUCUCGAUGUUUUACGCCGCAAUCUUCCAUCACAUCUGAUUGAACAAGAGUGUCAGCUGGAUGGUACUCACAGCGCUGAUGGAAGACGGGCUUUAGAAUGGAGAGUAUCUAUGGCUACGCGUUUCAUUGAAGAUUGUGAAUGGCGGUUAUCUGUUAUGCAGCAUCUUCUGCCACUUUCUGAACGCCAGUGGAGCUUAAAGGAGGUUUUGAGUGUUCUCAGGGCGGCCCCUGCAAAGUUGCUUAACCUUUGUAUGCAAAGAGCUAAGUAUGACAUUGGAGAACAGGCAGUUCAUCGGUUUGCGUUAUCAGCAGAGGACAAAGCCACUCUCGAAUUAGCUGAAUGGGUUGAUAAUGCCUUCAAAGGAACACUGGUAGAAGAUGUGAUGUCUCGUACUGCUGAAGGAGCAUCUGCCGUGCAGGAUUUAGAUUUUCAUUCUUUAGGUUCCCAAUUGAGUCCUUUAGCUGUGAUUCUACUAUGCAUAGAUGCGGCUGCUUCUUCUGCCAAGUCUCCAACAAUUUCCAAACAACUUUUGGAUAAGUCUCAAGUUUUGUUAUCAGAAAUUUACCCUGGAGGAUCUCCGAAGGUGGGGUUUACUUACUGGGAUCAGGUCCACGAAGUUGCAAUAAUCUCUGUAUUGCGAAGGAUCUUAAAGCGUCUGCAGGAAUUCCUUGAACAGGAUAACCCUCAAAUUCUUCAGGCCAGUUUUAGUGGGGAUACCAUAAUUUCAUCUUGUACGGAAUCCCAUAGACAGGGACAAAAAGAUCGUGCUCUUGCAAUGCUACAUCAAAUGAUUGAGGAUGCUCAUAGGGGCAAGAGACAGUUCCUGAGUGGUAAGCUUCAUAACCUAGCGAGAGCACUCGCUGAUGAAAAACCAGAAGUUAACGUAUUUAAAGGGGACGGAUCGGACAUGGCCAUUGAGAAGGAAGGAGUUCUUGGUCUUGGGCUAAAAUAUACUAAGCAAAGUCCUGGUUCAGCAAAUAGAGGCGUGGAUGGAAAUCCUGUUUCCUAUGAAACAGAAGACAAGGAAAAAAAGUCAUUUGGCCCAUUAAGCAACAAAACCUCUACUUAUCUAUCUCAGUUUAUACUCUAUACUGCUGCUAUUGGUGACAUAGUAGACGGAACUGAUACAACCCAUGAUUUCAACUUUUUCUCUCUUGUUUAUGAAUGGCCUAAAGACCUAUUGACGCGUCUGGUGUUUGAUCGAAGUAGCACAGAUGCAGCUGCAAAAGUUGCUGAGGUCAUGUCUGCUGAUUUUGUUCAUGAAGUGAUAUCAGCUUGUGUUCCCCCAGUUUAUCCUCCACGUGCUGGUCAUGGGUGGGCUUGUAUUCCCGUCAUUCCAACCACUCCAUGUUCUCAGUCAGAGGGUAAAGUGCUCUCUCCUUCAAUAGAGGCCAAACCCAACUGCUAUAUUCGUUCCUCAGCAACACCUGGUGUCCCUCUGUAUCCUCUUCAGUUGGAUAUCAUCAGGCAUUUGGUAAAAAUAUCCCCAGUACGAGCAGUUUUAGCUUGUGUAUUUGGUGGGAGCAUAUUGUACAAUGGCAGUGAUUCUGUCAUAUCUAGCUCUUUGAACGAUGAGUUUCCAAGUUCUCCUGAUGCAGAAAGAUUGUUCUAUGAAUUUUCUCUUGAUCAGUCUGAGAGGUUUCCCACUCUGAACCGAUGGAUACAAAUGCAGACUAAUCUUCAUCGAGUUUCGGAAUUUGUUGUGACACCUAAACAAAAACCUGAUGACACACGGAUUAAACCUGAUGAAAGAACUGGGAUCAAGAGACUUCUUGAACACGACAGUGACUCGGAGUCGGAUACAGAAGAAUUUUUUUCUAAAAAGAACAUUCAACCAGCAUUGACUGACGACAGUGUUCGAGAUGGUGGAUCCUUUGAUACUGGAAUGUGUAGAACUGAUCCUACAGUUUUCUCUGAUAUGUCUUGGAUCAGGUAUAUGCAUAUGUGGGAGCUUGAGGCAGCCUUAAACGUUCUUACAAUGUGUAGUUGUCAUCUCUUAGAAAGUGAUCCAAUUAGUGUCGAGGUGUUGCAUAGGAGAAAAGCUCUGCAGAAGUACAGCCACAUACUUUCUGCAGAUGAUCGCCAUAACAGCUGGCAAGAGGUAGAAGCCGAAUGUAAAGAAGACCCUGAAGGCUUGGCUCUAAGAUUGGCUGGGAAAGGAGCUGUUUCCGCUGCAUUGGAAGUGGCUGAGAGUGCAGGAUUAUCAAUAGAUCUUAGAAGAGAAUUACAAGGACGACAGCUUGUAAAGCUUCUAACCACUGAUCCACUCAAUGGUGGUGGUCCUGCAGAAGCAUCUCGAUUUCUAUCUUCACUUCAAGACUCGGCUGAUGCUCUACCAGUGGUUAUGGGUGCAAUGCAAUUAUUAUCUGACCUUCGUUCAAAACAGCUCCUGGUCCAUUUCUUCCUGAAGCGGAAAGAUAGCAAUCUGUCGAAUUUGGAAGUCGCUCGGCUUAAUUCUUGGGCUUUAGGUCUGAAAGUGUUAGCUGCACUGCCACUUCCUUGGCAGCAGAGAUGCUCUUCGCUUCAUGAGCAUCCCAAUUUAAUAUUUGAAGCUCUGCUGAUGAGAAAACAAUUACAAUAUGCCUCACUGAUACUCAAAGAGUUCCCAACAUUAAGGGAUAACAAUGUUAUCAUGGCCUAUGCAGCAAAAGCUAUGUCUGUUACAAUUAGCCCACCACCAAGAGAACCUCGAAUAACUGUGUCUGCAUCAAGGCUAAGACAAAAGCCAAGAGCAGGGCCAACAGCAAAAGCAUCCUUCACUAAUAGCUUAAGCAAUUUUCAGAGAGAGGCUCGAAGGGCAUUUUCAUGGGCUCCACGUAAUGCUGAAAACAGGACAACGUCAAAGGAUGUUUAUCGUAAAAGAAAGAAUUCCGGACUGGGGGCUUCUGAGAGAGCUGCAUGGGAGGCGAUGACAGGAAUUCAAGAGGACCAGGGAUCAUCUUAUUCGGCAGAUGGGCAAGAUAGGCUACCUUCUGUUUCUAUUGCUGAAGAAUGGAUGCUAAGUGGCGACACAACCAAAGAUGAAGCUGUUCGCGCAUCUCACAAAUAUGAAAGCACCCCAGAUAUUAUCCUCUUCAAGGCUCUGCUCUCACUUUGUUCAGAUGAGUUAGUAUCGGCAAGAAGUUCCAUGGACCUAUGCAUCAGUCAAAUGAAGAACGUAUUGAGCUCCAAGCAUUUGUCAGAGGGUGCGUCUGUUGAAACAAUUGGCCGAGCAUACCAUGCAACGGAGGCAUUUGUGCAGGGUUUGUCUUAUGCAAAAUCUUUACUGAGAAAGCUUCUAGGUGCCACUGAACCGACCAAUAACAAUGGUGAAAGAAGUAGAGAUGUUGAUGAUAUAUCUUCUGAUGCUGGCAGCUCCAGUGUUGGCAGUCAGUCAAUGGAUGAACCAUCCGAAGUUCUCUCACUUGCAGAAAUCUGGUUGGGGCGCGCAGAGUUGCUGCAGAGCCUCUUAGGGUCUGGAAUUGCUGCUUCUCUUGAUGACAUUGCUGAUCAAUUGUCAUCCGAAUGUCUACGAGACAGAUUAAUAUCUGAUGAACGAUAUAGUAUGGCGGUGUAUAUGUGCAAGAAAUGCAAGAUUGAUGUUUUCCCUGUGUGGAAAGCAUGGGGUCUUGCUCUGUUACGGAUGGAGCGCUAUGCUCAAGCUCGAGUUAAAUUCAAGCAAGCCUUUCAAUUGAAGGGGGAAGACAUUCCUGAUGUUAUUCAGGAGAUAAUAAAUACAAUAGAAGGAGGUCCGCCUGUGGAUGUGUCAACUGUCCGUUCCAUGUAUGACCAUUUGGCGAAAAGCGCGCCAACAAUUUUGGACGAUUCGUUAUCAGCAGACUCAUACCUGAAUGUUCUACAUAUGCCAUCAACUUUCCCUCGUUCAGAGAGGUCGAGAAGAUCUCUGGAAUCAGAAAAAAACAAUUCUGUACCCGGUUCAGACUUUGAAGAUGCGCCCCGAAGCAACUUGGAUAGUACACGAUAUUCUGAGUGCACCAACUACUUGCAGGAACAUGCUCGCCAAAACUUGCUUGGGUUUAUGUUCCGCCAUGGUCACUCUAAAGAUGCAUGCAUGUUAUUCUUUCCGCUAAGUGCUCUUCCGCCUCCUUUGCAAACUUCAUCUGUGGGCGCAGUAAGCUCAUCUUCAUCACCUCAACGAACAGAUCCAUUGGCAACUGAAUAUGGGACCAUUGAAAGUUUGUGCGAGUUUUGUGUCGGCUAUGGAGCUAUCUCAUCCCUGGAGGAAGUAAUUACAGAAAGACUUGAAUCUGUAAAGCAUCAAGAUCAAGUCAUAAAUCAGUACAUAGCUGGAGCUCUUACACGUAUAUGUGCUUUCUUUGAGAUCAACCGGCAUUUCAAUUACCUAUACAAGUUUUUGGUACUCAAGAAGGACUAUGUCACCUCUGGGUAUUGCUGUAUUCAGCUUUUUAUGAAUUCUACAACUCAGGAGGAUGCUGUUAGGCAUCUUGAGCAUGCAAAGGCACACUUUGAAGAAGCCUUGACAGUGCGUCAUAGAGGUUCAGACUCGAAAAAACUUGUUACGAAGGGUAUUCGAGGAAAAAGUGCCUCAGAGAAGCUGAGUGAAGAAACUCUUGUUAAGUUAUCCUCACGGGUGAAAAUGCAGAUUGAUGUGGUGAAGUCCUUCAGUGACUCUGAAGGAGCACCAUGGAAGCAUUCCUUGUUUGGAAAUCCAAAUGAUCCAGAGACAUCCAGGCGAAGAUGUGAAAUAGUGGAGACUCUUGUUGAGAAAAAUUUCGACUUGGCUUAUCAAGUUAUAUAUGAAUUCAACCUCUCAGCUGUGGAUAUAUAUGCUGGUGUUGCUGCGUCAUUAGCCGAAAGGAAGAAAGGCAGUCAGUUGACGGAACUUUUCAAAAACAUUAAGGGAACAAUCCAAGAAGAUGACUGGGAUCAGGUCCUGGGUGCUGCCAUCAACGUAUAUGCCAACAAGCACAAAGAGCGCCCUGACCGUCUCAUUGACAUGUUAACAAGCAGCCAUCGAAAGGUGCUGGCUUGUGUGGUAUGUGGCCGCCUGAAAAGCGCAUUCCAGAUUGCGUCUAAAAGCGGAAGCGUGGCUGAUGUUCAAUAUGUAGCUCAUCAAGCCCUACAUGCUAAUUCGCAUACUGUACUCGAUAUGUGCAAGCAUUGGCUAGCUAAAUACAUGUAAAGCCCUGUAAUCUCCAUGACAUCGAAGCCAACUUAAAAACUUGAGAUUGUUUAAAAGAAGAACCUGGUGGAAAAUGGGUUAGGCUCUCAUAGCUCUCACAUGAAAUCAUUAACUGACGAUACUCACGUAUGAGAUUAUUAUGGGUUUUGUGUGUUGACACAAAAUGGUGAAAAUGCAGAUGUCUCUACUUGUAAAAAAUUUCUGGGUUCAUCAAUGGUUGGCUUAUUUACUAUAUUGAAUGUAUGAGGGUGAUUUUUAUGCGGCUUUUUUGCAGUUCGAAAUUAAUCCUGUGUUGUCAAAAAAUUAAUUAGAACAACUCAGUACGAAGAUACAACAAAGAAAGAGUGUAAUUGUUAUAUUAUAAAGGUGUUGUUGGUAAGAUUUGAGAAAUUCUCAAUCUAAUUUUUUC